AAUUCCAGGCUGCCAUAGGACAAAAAUCAAACUAACACCCUUGGGGUGUGCACCAUAUUUACAUUGAAUUCCAACGUGAUGUUUUCUCACAAAAAGUUAUAUCAAAUCAAAUAAAUUGCUGUAGAAUUUUGUGGAGUGCUAGCGGUGUCGAAUCGUGCAGAAGAUCCUUACGGAGGUCAGGGUGUUGGAGUGUGGGCAGGCUUAGCGAUGGGCUGGUCCAGGCGCGCUCAACGAUGAAAAACAACGGGGAUAUAUACCAACGGCCGCGGUAGAGGCAGACAUCGCGGAAUCACCAAGCAUUGUAAACAUUAGCGUUGCAUUUUAAUUCCUGCAGAUAGUGUUAUUUGGGUUUUAAUUCCUACGACAGAGGGUGUGACGCGCCCCCACAAAGGACAAGGCGCGGACAAUGCACUGAGCUCUCCCCACCCCUCGUCCUGUGGCACCCCCUUGUGAGCAGUAGAAGAUGAGCACCUCGCCCACCCCUAAGGGCACGCCUGUGCAGCAGAGCUCCAGCGAUGGGGGCCCUAGUGAUGGGGUCCUCGAGGCUCUUGUGUCUCCACAGCACUCUACACCUGGCUCCUCCGGGCCCCAACACAAGAAACGCGUCUCCAGCCUCCUGCAGAGCCCGUCGUUCCGUGAGGAGCUGGAUGUUCUGAUCCAGGAACAGAUGAAGAAGGGAGGCAGCAGCUCCAACCUCUGGGCUCUGAGGCAGCUAGCUGAUUACAUGGCCUCUCACGGCUCACCUGCCGCCCUGUCCGCCUCCAGUACAGGCAUGAUGAUGGUGACACCCAUCAACGACCUGCAUGGCUUGGAGCCCAGCGGCAUGGUGAAGGGAGAGAGGCUGAUGCGUUGUAAACUGGCCAGUGUCCACCGCCUUCUGGACCUUUACGGCUGGGCCCAGCUCAGCCACACCUGCCUCACCCUGCGUGUCAGUAAGGAACAGGAGCACUUCCUGGUUCUGCCCAAUGGCCUGGCCUAUGGUGAGGUCACUGCCUCUAGCCUGGCGAAGGUGAAUAUCCUUGGGGAGGUGGUGGAGAGGGGCAGCACCACCCUGGGGGUAGACCUGGAUUCCUUCAGCCUCCACUCAGCCAUCUACUCUACCCGGCCAGACGUACGCUGUCUGGUGCACCUCCACACCCCCGCCACCGCCGCCGUGUCCGCCAUGAAGUGUGGCCUGCUGCCACUGUCCCAUGAGGCUCUGCUGGUGGGUGAGGUGGCGUCCUACGACUACAAUGGGCUGAUGGAGAACGAGGAGGACCGGGUGGAGCUUCAGAAGAGUCUCGGGCCCACCUGCAAGGUGCUGUUGCUUCGAAACCAUGGCAUCGUGGCCCUGGGGGAGUCAGUGGAGGAGGCUUUCUACACCAUCUAUCACAUACAGGCUGCCUGUCAGAUCCAGGUGUCAGCAUUGUGCAGUGCUGGAGGAGAGCAGAACCUGAUCAUGCUGGACCGCUCCACCCACAAACCCAACGCUGCAGGCACCGUGGGCUGGGCCGGAUCCACCUUCGGCCCCCUGACCAAGAGUCGACUCGGGGAGCACGAGUUUGAGGCUCUCAUGAGGACUCUGGACAACCUGGGUUACCGUACCGGCUACGCCUACCGCUUCCCCGUGCUGCUGGAGCGCUCUCGGACACGGAGGGAGGUGGAGGUACCCGCCACAGUCCACUCCUUCCAGUUUGAGGAGGAGGGAGUGCACCCGUUACCCCGCCAGCACCCCUACGCCCAGCGGCAGCAACAGGAGAAGACCCGCUGGCUCAACACCCCAAACUCCUACCUGAGGGUGAACCAAGACCAAGCCAGCCCCGGACACCAGCGCACCACAUGGCUGAAGACAGAGGAGAUGCAACAAGGAGCCAUCAAGAUUGAGAACUCAAAUCAGUUUGUUCCUCUUUUUACCAACCCUCAAGAGGUGCUGGAAACACGAAAUAAGAUCCGGCAGCAGAACCGUCAGGACAUGAAGACAGCAGGACCCCAGUCCCAAGUACUAGCCGGUGUCAUAACGGAUGGUAGUCCACUGGUCCAGAAAAAACUGCAUGUUGCUGUAAAAAAGAGUGUGCUCUCAGUCAACAAAAGCAUCAAAGUAAAGUCUCCAGACCCGGCAGAACUUGCGAUACUUGAGCCGGAGACCCCCAACCCGUUUAACCAGCUGACAGACAAGGAGCUGGAGGAGUACCGCAAGGAGGUGCAGAGGAAGGCAGGAGGUCAAACAGAUGUAGGGGAGGAGGUGGAGAACGAGAAGGAGUCUCUCCCAGCUACCCCCUCCACCAACAACCCUACCCCCUGCAAUCCCCCACCCUCAGAUGAGACAAAGAAAGACUCCACAGCAGUUCAGAACGGGAAAGGAGAGGAGGAGAAGCAGACCACGGAGGAGCUGGAGAAAGGGAUGAAGGCUUUGUCUACCAACGACACUUCUACACCCCCCUCCACCACCCCUGCUGCCCCACCCGCUAAACCGCCCAGCAACACCCCUGAGGGAUCCCCCUCCAAGUCCCCCUCUAAGAAGAAAAAGAAGUUCAAGGCCCCCUCGUUCCUAAAGAAGAGCAAGAAGAAAGAGCAGAAAGAGAAAGCUGAAACUUGAGGGGACAUGUAAAAUGAUUCUGACACGCACCCUCCACUUCUAGCCAUAUACACGGAGGCAAACACACUAACUCGCACUCAAGUCUCCUGUAUGUAUAGCUCAGUCACUCAUCACGUCUAGAAGUAAUUCUAAUUCUGUUUGUUUUUUUGGGGGGGGGGGGCGAUAUUGUUUCUGUACAACUCUCAAAUGAUCUUGAAACAAUCCACAAUCAUUCUAAAUGAAAUAGAAUCAACAACACCACCUGAAUUAUGCACUCCCUAUUUAUUAUAAGAAGUAACGCACUUGACACGUAUGUAUAUAAACCAAUGUUGCAUUGAAGUAUCCUCAUAGGCACCCUCUGGCCUGGUCAUGUUUAUUCGUUUUUAAUAGUCAGACGAAGGUGACGGGUAUGUACAUACGAGCACAGGUGCACUACAUGUAGAAUUAUGCAGGUAUAAUAAUGUGCUCUUUUUUUUUAGCAGAAGUCUUGUUCCAAUUCAACUAACUAUUCAAAUCAUAGAGAGCAGGGACAAAUAAGAAAAUAAAUGCUAAAAAAAAGAAAGUCCCCAACAUUAAGCUGACAGCUAUAAAUGCCACUAAUACCAAGCAAGGAUAUGAUCUAAGCAUUGUGGGAGAAACCUGUUGCUUGAUGUUGCAAACUGAAGCCGAACUAAAAGGUACUAAACAUUCCACUCUUCCCCAAAUUAUUCUUUGAAAUAUGUGUACAAAAUACCUCUACAGCUGUAAUUAUUUUUAUGAUCAGUAGCUGUUAUCAAAAUGCUGAUGUGUGAUAUUUGUUGGUUUUUAAUGUAUUAUUUCAUAUUAGAAUGUAAAGUGAAAAGUUGCAAGGUUGAAAUGUACCAGUCAUUAAAGAUCAAAGUUGAUUUCAA